UUCCAGAGAUAUUCAGUCAUGCCUGAAGUUGUGAAAGCGCCCAAGAAGGGCUCCAAGAAAGCCGUGUCCAAGGCCGUCAGCAAGGGCGGCAAGAAGAAGAGGAAGACCAGGAAGGAGAGCUACGCAAUCUACGUGUACAAGGUGAUGAAGCAGGUCCACCCCGACACCGGCAUCUCCUCCAAGGCCAUGGGCAUCAUGAACUCGUUCGUGAGCGACAUCUUUGAGCGCAUCGCCGGUGAGGCCUCUCGUCUGGCUCACUACAACAAACGCUCCACCAUCACCUCCAGGGAGAUCCAGACCGCCGUCCGCCUGCUGCUGCCCGGCGAGCUGGCGAAGCACGCCGUGUCUGAGGGAACCAAGGCCGUGACCAAAUACACCAGCUCCAAGUAGACCUCAUCUAGACCACUAACCCAAAGGCUCUUUUAAGAGCCACCCACUUCUACUAAAGAUCAUCUCCUGAUGUUACUACCUAGUUGUCUGGUAUACUUGAAUG